UGGCUGCUCCAUCUGGCCCAUGUGAUCCUGGCUUCUACUGUACAGGAGGGUCUACUCUACCCAAUCCAACUGAUGGGAUAAUGGGAGAGAUUUGUCCUCAAGGCUAUUUCUGUCCACAGGGGACGUCUGCCCCAGUUCCUUGCCCAGCAGGUUCUUUCUUAGCCCACCAAGGUGGCCGGUCAAUCCAGGAUUGUCAUCUCUGCCUGGCAGGCUGGUUCUGUUCCCUUCAGGGCCAAACCUUUCCAGAGAAUUUGUGUACAGAAGGCUGGUUCUGCCCAGAGGGAUCAAUAUUUGACCAAAAUCCAGACCAUCUUUGUCCUCUUGGUCACUAUUGUCCCAAAGGUAGCCCAGGACCUCAGCCAUGUCCCCCUGGUAAAUAUCAAGAUGAAGUGGGUCAAAGCAUGUGCAAAAUCUGCCCUGCAGGAAAGUUCUGUGAUCCCAGUUUCCAAACACGAGAUCCCAAGAAUUCCAGAAGGACUUCUCCAGGAGUGAUCAACCCCAUGGACUGUCUGCCUGGAUACUACUGUCUGUCAGGGACAAGAACGGCUAAGCAAUACCCUUGUCCCUCUGGGACCUUCAGUAACCAGACCAGUCUGAGCAGCUUCAGGGAAUGUGAUCCAUGUACUGGGGGCAAAUUCUGCGCAAGGCCAGGUUUAGUGACUCCAAGUGGCCCUUGCUUGCCUGGUUACUACUGCAUUCUGAAUGCCUGGAGACCCAAUCCUGUUCAAGAUGAAACUGGAAAUGUAUGUCCUGCAGGGCAUUAUUGUCCUUUGAGUAGCAACAGCCCCACCCCAUGCCCAACAGGAACAUUUCUCCCCCUACCUGGCAUGUUGUCCCAGAAUGCCUGUUUGCCCUGUCCCGGAGGAAGCUUCUGCCAAGGAGAAGGGCUGGCUGCUAUUUCUGGGACGUGUCAGGCUGGUUUCUAUUGUGACAUGUCCUCUUCACGUCCGGAUCAAAACCUCUGUCCCCCUGGAUUCUAUUGUCCCCAAGGCACUGGGACCCCUAUUCCAUGCAUGCCAGGGACCAUCAAUCCCCAUAGAGGAAAAUGGGAUAUCACAGACUGCAAACAGUGUCCAGCUGGGAAUUUCUGCAGUGGGGCAGGGAAGACUGUUCCAGAAGGGAGAUGUUCUCCUGGUUACUACUGCCCACCUGGCCAAAUCUCUCCAUCUUCCCACCGGUGCCCACGUGGAUUUUAUUGCCUCGGCGGUUCUGUGGACCCAGUCGCGUGUGUAAAGGGAACCUACCAAUCAGAAGAAGGGAAGGAAUCCUGUGAUCCCUGUCCUGCCCGAUUCUUUUGUGAGCCCAGCAACCACAGUGAUGGUAUCCCAGUUCCCAAGCUGUGUCUUAUGGGGUAUUUUUGCCCACCUGGUACGGCUUCCAGCAGGGAACAUCCAUGCCCCAGAGGUACCUCUGGGCCCAAGGCUGGUGCAGCUGACGAAUCUGAGUGUGAAUUCUGCCCAGCAGGAAUGUAUUGUUCAUCCCCUGGACUAUAUCAGCCAACUGGACUUUGCCAUGAAGGCUACUAUUGCAGCAAAGGGGCAGUCAGCUCAACUCCCAUUAGGCACAGAGUGGAUUCUGCCAGCACGUUGACAGACAAUGACAUCUGUCCCAGAGGACAUUUCUGCCCUCUUGGGACUGGAUUUCCCAUCCCUUGCCCACCUGGCUCCUUUUCUGCUAUGCUGGGCUUGAAAGCUGAGGGUGAAUGCCUACUUUGCCCAACAGGAUACAUCUGCAGUCAGUCGGGAACAUCUGACCUAUUCCAGAUGUUACCAUGUAACGAAGGGUAUGUUUGCCUUGAAGGCAACUCUGUCCCCUGCCCUAAUGAUGGAAUACAUGGGUAUCGAUGCCCUAAAGGCUUCUACUGUCCCCAGGGCACCAGUUUGGAAGUGCCCUGUGAGCCUGGGAUGUUUAGCCCCACUGAUGGAGCCAGUGUCUGCCUCCCUUGCCCGGCGGGAACUGCCUGCCGACAUGCUGCCACAGUGGAACCAGUCAUCUGCCCUCAAGGAUAUUACUGCCCAACCCAGACAGCUAUGCCCAUACCAUGUCCAGCUGGUUUGCUAAAUGCCCUGGAAGGAGCCCCAUCCUUCAAUGCUUGCAAGCCAUGCCCAGUUGGAAGCUACUGCAGGGGUGAUGGCAACUGGAAGCCUGAUGGUUUUUGCACUGCUGGGUUUUACUGUGCUGGGGGAGCAUUUGAUGUGGUGCCUCAAAGCUCACCUGAGUUUCCACUUAAUGGACCUUGCCCCCAGGGGCACUUUUGCCCAGAAGGCACUCAAUCUCCCAUCGCCUGUCCACUGGGCACUCUGAAUAAUGGGACAGGAGGAUCCUCUGCAGAUUACUGUGUGCCUUGCUACCCAGGAUUCUUCUGUGCAGCCAUGGGGUUGAGUUCACCUACUGGACCUUGUACGGAUGGUUUCUACUGCCCAGCAAACUUCAGUUCCUUCAGCCCGACUGCGUUCCUCUGCCCGGAGGACCAUUUCUGCCUGUCUGGGGCAGCCCAUCCCACUCCAUGUCCCACUGGAGAAUAUCAGCCCAACCGGGGUUCAGCACAUUGUCUCCCCUGCCAAUCCGGCUUCUACUGCCACGAGGCUUCUCCUGGGGAACCCAAGCAUUGCCCACCACAUUCCUAUUGUCCUGAAGGUACUUUGGUUCCUCUCCCUUGUCCUGAUGGCACCUUCACUUUUCCAGAUGUUUUUGGCCUACGAGAAGAGAGAGAUUGUGUUCCUUGUUCCCCUGGUCACUACUGCAGGGGAGGGCGGAUGGAAGGACCCUGUGCUGCUGGCUUCUUCUGCCAAGAGGGAAGUUCUGAUGCUACACCACAGGGUUCCAACUUCACUUGGACUCCCCUGGCUGAUUGUCUCUGGGGAGAAAGUUGUGCGGGACCUUGUCCAGCAGGAUUCUACUGCCCAGAAGGCUCAGUAGCCCCCAUUCCAUGUCCAGAUGACACUAUAGGUUCUCACCCAGGUGCCAAGCAAAAAGGAGACUGUCUGCCCUGCCCACCAGGUCGCUGGUGCAAAACAAGCUAUCCUGUGGCUUUUCCAUGUCCCUUUGGGUCCAACUGCCAAGGAAUUAAUCUCACCAAUCCCCCUGGGCCACGGACUCUCCAGCAAUGUCCCAAGCAGACUUUCCGAACAGAACUUGAGACCGAAGGACAACCAAAUUACCAAUUCUGCUUGUCAGAAUGCCAGUGUCCUCCAGCAGGAACCACUGUCCUCAGAGACUACCCUUGUGCCCCAGGACAUUGGUGCCCAAGCAGAAAAGAAGCUUUUCUUUGCCCACCUGGUUCCUACAGGACUCAGCCUGGAGCUACAUCUUUGGAAGACUGCUUGCCCUGCCCACCUGGAUUUUUCUGUCCAGAUCCAGAAAAGUCAGGAGUGCCAAACAUUCUUGGACUACCUUGUGAAGCAGGCUAUGAAUGUCCACUAGGUUCAUCUCAUCCUUCCAAAUGCCGUCCUGGCUCCUUGUGUGGGCCCCAUACAGGAAUCCCACCUCUGUGUCCAGCAGGUUAUUAUUGCCCUGAUGGUUCAUCAAUAUACGAGAUUCUUGACCGGCUGUGUGUCUAUCCCUACUACUGCCCUCCUGGCAGUGCCCAACCACAGCUGUGCCAAGCUGGUUAUAUAGCCCUGAAUGUAUCUGGUCUCAGGGACUCCUCAGAGAAAUGUUGCAAGGCCUGUGAUGCAGGGACUUACAAGAACAAUCUGGACUCCCACCCACUGUGUUUGCCCUGCCCAGCUGGAUUCAGCUGUCCUCCAGGCACUGCAAGUUUCCUCCAGCAUCCCUGUCCACAAGGAUACUUCUGUCCUCCCCAGACGUCUUCUCCUUCCCCUUGCCCCCCAGGCACCUAUGGGAACAGCAGCCUUGCAAAGUACCUAAAGGAAUGCAACCUGUGCCCUGCUGGUUUUUUCAAUCACAUUCCUGCCCAAACUGGCUGUUUUCCAUGUGGGAGCUCUUCAACAUCAAGAGAAGGUGCGACUAAUUGCACCUGCCUUGGUUUGCACCGGAGUUUUCAGGAGUCAGAUGGCUCUUGCAUCUGUCAAGCAGGAUACCUUUACUAUGAUGAAAGAGGGGAAAAAAACUCAGAUAGCAACAGUGACCAAGAUUGCCAACUACAGAUAGAAGAGCGCUGUGCUCCAGGGCAAAUCCGUCUGGCAUCCACACGCGAGUGUGUCAUCCCUGAACUAUACAAUUGCUCCCUAAUUUGUAAUCCAGGGAAUGGAGAACUUCACGCUGAGCUUGGCAUAUGUCACUGUGAGCAGUAUGUAUCUGCAGAAGAGCUCUGCGAUCAACUCUGCUUGCUGAGAUCCCCUAGACUUUCCCUCAGGUUUGGCCCAGAAAGAGAGCUUCUCCUCAACAUCAAGGGGGCUGAGGAACGAGAGAUACCAAAUACUCUUGGACCAGAUCACCACAUUCCAGAAAUCCAGAAGGUCCAU